AAAUUGAAUCAAUUUUUAGUAGCCUAAAAACUCUAGAUGUUCAAGAAUGUAGCAGAUUGAGGAAUUUAGUGCCAUCCAAUGUACAUUUCAACAAUUUGCAGACUUUGGAAGCAUCCAAGUGUCAUGGACUUGUCAAUUCAGUGAGAUACUCAACUGCAAAAAGCCUGGUGCAACUCAAAACAAUGCAAGUAACCAAAUGUGAGACGAGAGAGGAAAUUGUGGUAUGCUUGGAUGAUGAUGUGAAGGAUGGCAUUAUUUUCACCAAGCUGGAGUAUUUGCAACUCGAAGGUCUACCAAGACUAGCAAGAUUCUGUUCAGGGGUUUGCAACUUUGAAUUCCCAGAUUUGGAAGUUGUCAUAUAUUAAUGCUUAAGAUUUGGAAGAAAGCGGUAUUGGUCUUGUAAUUCUGAAAGAGAACAGUGAAGUGGAUUUUGAGGUGAGAGUGCCUUCGACUCCCAUCAUCUUCACUUGUCUGAGUUGUCUCAUGUACCUUUCAUACAGAGGUACAUACAUCUCUUACAUAGAGCUACAUCUAUUGAUGAUGCUUUCUUAUUUCCUUGUAGGUUGUAAUGGUGCACUCAUAAUAAUUGUUUGGAUUCAUGCUACCAAGUUCCCACAUUGUUGAUUUGACACACAAAAAUGAAUUUUUCAGUUCUAA